UAGAUAUUGGGGUACAAACACCUUUCGUCCAAGUACGCAUCGAACUACUGUCUAAGCCGUACACCAAAAGAGCGUCAGCAGACAACCUCAGGAUGGCGGGGAAAAGUGCCGUCACCAUGGUGAUGGCAGUGAGUCUUGUCGUCCUUAUGAGGGACCCGGCCGGGGUGUCGUCUGCGCCAGCUAAGACCCAACUUACACUGGAGACUUUAGACGGACGGCUUGGGAAGGCUGAGAAGCAGUUGAGUUCGUUCGAGAAGAUCGCUUACGGGCCCGCACUGGAUGAGGCGAAGGAGUCGGUGGCUGUCGUAGACGGCAAAUUGAAACAAGUUGACACUCGCGUCACCGCCCUUGAGUCGAUCGUCUUGGAGAACCAGGAAGCCGUCGAGGAGCAGAACGCCGCCUUUCAGGAGCGUCUUGGCAGGCUGGAGACGGACAUGCAAGGAACCAAGGAGGAGAUGAACUCCUUCAAGAACGUGGAGACCAAGAUACAGAACCUGGACGAUGGACAGAAAUCCCUGCAGGCGGCCAUCGCUGCUUACGACGAAAAAAUGGAGGUCCUGGAGCUGGUGGAACCCAUGAUGGAGAGGGUGCAGGGCCUGGAGAACAAGGUGGUCAGCGGGGCACAGCUGCACGAGAACCCGAAGAGUGUCGUCGGCGGCGACACGUCGUCUGAUGCCGACUCUUCUUCCGCCAGCUCCGGCGGGUUCGACAUCGAGGCCUUCAUGGCGCAGAUACACGAGGCUCUGCAGGACAUGGUGGAGACGGUAGUCGGGCAGACUAUCGGGGAACUGCCGGCAGAGCUGAGUGGUGGAUCGGAAACAUUGGAUGUAGGCUGCCUGGUGAGAGAUGGAGCUUUUUACCGCGGAAACAUUAACGUGACCUCCACCGGGAGAACGUGUCAGCGCUGGGACAGUCAGGAACCUCACGAACACAUCUACACACAGUACCAGCUACCGAAUGCCGGACUGGACGAAAACUACUGCCGGAAUCCGGACGAGGCGGCCACGCUCUGGUGCUUCACCACGGAUCCCGUCAUGAGAUGGGACUGGUGUACCCCACCGCUCUGCGAUCCGUGUCCGGAUAACCAAACGCAGUGCGGUGAUGGUGAGUGCGUCCCCGACUCUAUGGUCUGCAACGUCUACUUGGACUGCGUCGACUGGUACGACGAACUGUUCUGCGAGGACCAGGGAACCGGUGACGAGUACACCACCGCCAGUCCUGACGCCGUCACGGAGGGCUGCCUGUACACCUGCGACGGGGACAAGUGUCUGCCCUCGGCGCGGUGGUGCAACGGCAAGCCCGACUGCGAGGACGGCGCGGAUGAAGCCAAAUGCGAUUAUAACGGGUGCUCGGAGGAGCAGUUCACCUGCGCCAACGGUGGUUGUAUCCACGGCGGCUGGCGCUGCGACGGUGUCGCCGACUGCUCGGACUCCUCGGACGAGGUGGACUGCCCCGUGGAGACUGGAGACGAAUUCGCGUGUGCAUCAGACGAGUUUGCUUGUGACGAAGAAGAAGACGAAGGCUUACAGUGCAUCCACGAGUCUUGGGUCUGCGACGGUUACCACGAUUGUGAAGACAAUGCCGACGAAGAGGACUGUCAGUGUUCCACCACCGAGUUUUUGUGCGCCAACGGAGAGAAGUGCAUCCCCGGCACCUGGCAUUGCGACAGCGACGCGGACUGUGCCGACGGUUCGGACGAGGUGGACUGUCCCAAGCGCGAAUCGGACCGCUUCACCUGCGCCAGCAACGGCGAGAACUUCCCCAUCGGCUUCCAGUGCGACAACAUGAACGACUGCGAGGACGGUUCGGACGAGGUCGGCUGCAACAUCACCAUGUCGUGUGUAAAUCGCUUCCGCUGCGACAGCGGGUACUGCAUCCCAGAGAUCUGGCAUUGCGACAACAAAGUCGACUGCGCAGACGAAUCGGACGAAAAGGACUGCGAGGGCGACGAGAGCCCGUACUAUUCGGCGUAUUGUUUCUCGUUCGAGUUCAAGUGCGUCAGCUCCGGGCUGUGCAUCGACGGCCACCAGCGCUGCGACGACCGGGAAGACUGUGACGACGGCUCGGACGAGGAGGGCUGCGGGAUAUGCAACGAGCCCGACACCUUCACUUGCGGGAACGGGCAGUGUGUGUACGAGAGUCAGAUGUGCGACGACGUGCAGCACUGUACUAACGGGAUGGAUGAGAUCGGGUGCGGGUCCUCGCUGUCGUACGUGUCGUCCUGUGAGGCACCGUCCUUCCAGUGCACCAGUAGCUCCAGGUGCAUCCCGGGGAGUUGGGUGUGCGAUGGAUUCAAGGACUGCGGAGAGGACGUGGAGGACGAAGCGAACUGCCACCACAUGGUAUGUGACUACUGGAGGUUUAAGUGUGAGAGUACUGGAGGGUGCGCUAUGCCGAGCAUGCGCUGUGACGGCCAGAAGGACUGCCCUAACGGCGAGGACGAGCAAGACUGCGAUAAUUAUCCAGGAUAAAACUCCUAUCCAGACUCAAGAAAGAUGCUAUACUCGAUUUCAUCAUCAGAAAUUUAAAAUAAUUCAAUGCUUUCUACCAAAUUCCGCGAUUCAAUGAUUAAUCCCCGGGCGUUAAGAGAUUCAACGACGUAUCUGACUAGAGAUAUUUGUUUAUCCUGGGGCCUACAUUCCUUUGUCUAGUUAUUGAUAAAUACACAAUGGAUUCUGUACUUUGUUUUCUUAAUAUUGACAAAGGCACAAGCUAUAUAGCUGGCUUGAAAAAAUGUAAUAGCCAUUAUUAUGUGUGAAGUGGAAGUGUAACUUUUCUGUAGUUGGCUACUGUCACAUUUGUCGUGCGAUCACUUUUUUGUGUCGUGUUCUUUUAGUGUGGCUAAGGCAUAGAUACAAGAGAGAUGAAGUUUGUACGACAUAUUCAGGACAGUCCUACGACACAGUUCGCUGUCGUAAUCCUAACGUAAGGCAUUAUUCAGGACCGUCCU